UGACUGUCACCAGCGCAUUAUAGCACACUUCACAGAAAAAAGCAAAGCAUUUACUCUCUCUCUCUCUAAAACACACACAAAUCCAUAAGAGUGAAAAGCCAAAAGCUUUGAAGUUUUUAACCCAUCAAAAAACCCAACUGGAUCUAAGUUUCUAAAGCCUCUGAUACUUUGCUGUUCAAGGAGCUCUUGUUGAUGCCUGGGAAUUUCUGGUUUGAUCGGUAAAUGAUUGGUCUCAUCAAGGUGAAUAUUUAAGGAGAUUAGGAAACAUUUUAUACUAAUGGCUUCAGUGGGCGUAGCACCUGCUUCUGGUAUGAGAGAACCUAGUAACCAUAAUGUUGGAGUUGAUCGAUUGCCUGAGGAGAUGAAUGACAUGAAAAUUAGGGAUGACAAAGAAAUGGAAGCCACAGUUGUUGAUGGUAAUGGUACAGAGACAGGUCAUAUAAUUGUAACAACUAUUGGUGGUAGAAAUGGCCAGCCGAAGCAGACAAUAAGUUACAUGGCCGAGCGUGUUGUUGGACAUGGAUCUUUUGGAGUCGUGUUCCAGGCAAAGUGCCUAGAGACAGGUGAAACUGUUGCCAUAAAGAAGGUUCUUCAAGACAAGAGGUAUAAGAACCGAGAGCUGCAAACCAUGCGCCUUCUUGACCACCCAAAUGUUGUCUCUUUGAAGCACUGUUUCUUCUCAACCACUGAAAAGGAUGAACUUUACCUUAAUUUGGUACUUGAGUAUGUUCCUGAAACAGUUCAUCGUGUGAUCAAACACUACAACAAAUUGAACCAAAGGAUGCCACUGAUAUAUGUGAAACUUUAUACAUACCAGAUCUUUAGGGCCUUAUCAUAUAUUCAUCGCUGCAUUGGAGUAUGUCAUCGGGACAUUAAACCUCAAAACCUUUUGGUGAAUCCACAUACCCACCAGGUUAAAUUAUGUGACUUUGGAAGUGCGAAAGUCUUGGUAAAAGGUGAGCCAAACAUUUCUUACAUCUGCUCUAGGUAUUAUCGAGCACCAGAGCUUAUAUUUGGAGCAACUGAGUAUACUACAGCUAUUGACAUUUGGUCUGCUGGCUGUGUUCUUGCUGAGUUACUGCUUGGACAGCCUUUGUUUCCUGGUGAGAGUGGAGUCGACCAGCUCGUGGAGAUAAUCAAGGUUUUGGGCACUCCUACAAGGGAGGAAAUCAAAUGCAUGAACCCUAACUAUACAGAGUUCAAAUUCCCUCAGAUUAAAGCCCAUCCAUGGCACAAGAUAUUCCACAAGCGUAUGCCUCCAGAGGCUGUUGAUCUGGUUUCAAGACUACUACAAUACUCCCCUAACCUACGAUGCUCAGCUCUGGAUGCCUUGAUCCAUCCCUUUUUCGAUGAGCUACGUGAUACCAACAGUCGCUUGCCAAAUGGACGUUUCCUUCCACCACUAUUCAACUUUAAAUCUCAUGAAUUGAAGGGGGUGCCGGUUGAGAUUUUGGUGAAAUUGAUCCCAGAGCAUGCAAGAAAGCAAUGCCCCUUUCUUGGUUUGUGAUUUGAUGUAAUGUAACAAACCCACGAGUGUUCUCUCCGUAUGGAGCUGUGUUCAAUCUAUUUAUGCUAUUUGUUCUCAGUUCUUCAAUGUAUCUUUUGUUCUAUUAUUACCUUGUUUUGUAAAAUCAGAUUUAGAGAUAUGCUACCUAUUUGCCCAAACCUCAAUGGGUGUCUGAUUACCUUGUUCUUGUAUCACAGCCAGAUUGUAACCUCACAUAGAGAAGACAAACAUCAGCAUUAUCUAAGUGUUUUAUCUGUAUUGCUAUUUCUAGAUGACAAUAUCAGCAUAUGUCCGGUAGUUUCUAUC